AUGAACUUCGAAAGCGCCGACCUCGCCAUUUGCAUAACCUGUGGAACCCAAUACGACGCUCCCUUGUCCUCCCCUCCAAAAUCCUGCCGCAUCUGUGAUGAUCCACGCCAAUACGUCCCACCCCAAGGCCAAUCCUGGACCUCCCUCCGGCUCGCCUCCCUCUCGCAACGAAACACCCUCACUGCGAGCCCCACGAACCCACACCUCACCUACAUAACAACCACCACCUCCCCCUCAGCCUCCUCGAACCCCCUCCACCCUUCCUUCCCCCCCACAAAGACCCUGGGUAUCGGCGAACGCGCCAUCCUCAUCCAAACCCCCCACGGCAACAUCCUCUGGGACCUCAUCGCCUUCCUCGACGAGCCGACCAUCGACUUCAUCCGCAAAAAGGGCGGGUUGAAAGCGAUUGUGAUUUCGCAUCCGCAUUUCUGGAGCACGCACCUGGAGUGGGCGAGGGUGUUUGCGUGUCCCGUUUAUCUGAAUAAGAGGGAUGAACAGUGGUUGUGUAGGGAGGAUAGGUAUGGCGUGAGGAGGAUGGUGGAGAGCGAGACGGUGGAGAUUGUGCCCGGGGUGACGGCGAUUCGAGUGGGUGGGCAUUUCGAUGGGAGUAUGGUGUUGCAUUGGAAGGAGGAAGAGGGAGCGGACGGGAAAGAGGAGGGGGAGGGGAUAUUGUUCCAUGCGGAUUCGAUCAUGGUCGUGCCGUCUGCCUACUAUCACGCCGACCGCCUCCCAGGAACCACAAGCUACAGCUUCAUGUGGUCUUAUCCAAACAUGAUUCCCCUGGCGCCCGACCAGAUCCACGGCAUCUGGAAAUCGCUCAAGCCAUUCCACUUCACAACUACCUAUGGCGGCUUCAUGGGCCAGGACAAUAGGAGGCCCGAUCUGAAGGCACAUAUUUUGGAGAGUAUGAAGAUCUUCGUUAGGACCGCGGGACAUGGUGAUGUCGCGAUUCUGCAGGAAACCUUGUGAGGAACCUUGUGGGAAAGGGACGACACCAGUUUCAGAGCUUUGCUCAAUUAGUCUUCACAGCCUUAGCAGGGUAGCGAACCGCCAUAAAAUCCCACAUGCCAAUUUGAUUAAUAUUUCUAGC